AUGAGGCGCGCCAUUCUUAGAGCCAACCCAGCGGCGCGAUGUCUCCGCCAGCCGCCGCUCCUGGCCGAGCAUGCAGCAACAUCAUCGCCUUUGCACCGUCGUCAGCUAUCCUCCACGCGACAACUCCGAGAAGAGCCCAGGCCAUCGUUCAAGGGCCAAUUGUAUGAGAGCACGCAACAACGUUUGAAAAGAGAGCGGGCGGAACAAGAGCGCUUUUCGCAAUACCAGACUCAAUCUCCGGGCUCCAGAUAUGCGGCGUUGAUGUUCGUACUGGUCUUCUUCACAACUGGCGGAUACUAUCUCGGAUCACUCAAACCCUCUGCCCCCUCAACAUCCUCUACAAUUCCCCUCUCUGAAACGCAACCCGUCAAACACAAUACAACACCGGCAAACCUGCAAGCUGCCUGGGCCGACUUUGUCAACAUUGUCGGCAAAGAAAAUGUAUCCACAGACGAAUUCGACCUACACUCUCAUUCGGGGUCGGAGUUCUCUACCUAUUCACAAAAGGAGAGCGAGAGACCGUUCAUCGUUGUUUAUCCUGAAACAACAGAGGAAGUGUCGCGGAUCAUGAAAGUUUGUCACGAGCGAGUAAUCCCCGUGACACCAUACUCGGGCGGCACAAGUCUGGAGGGACACUAUGCCCCUACCAGAGGCGGCGUGUGCGUUGAUUUCCGACGCAUGGACAAAAUUCUGGCUUUCCACAAGGAAGACCUCGAUGUGGUGGUACAGCCAGCCGUGGGCUGGGAAGAAUUGAACGAGGAAAUCGCCAAAGAAGGACUGUUCUUCCCUCCGGAUCCCGGUCCAGGAGCCAUGAUUGGAGGCAUGGUUGGAACGGGCUGUUCAGGCACAAACGCAUACCGAUACGGAACCAUGAGGGAAUGGGUGGUAUCUCUCACGGUAGUCCUUGCAGAUGGAACGGUGAUCAAGACACGGCAACGACCCAAGAAAUCCAGUGCCGGAUAUGACCUGACAAAACUCUUUAUUGGAAGUGAAGGUACUCUUGGUCUUGUGACGGAAGCAACAUUGAAAUUGACUGUGAAGCCCAAGAGUGAAAGUGUGGCUGUGGCGAGUUUCCCAUCUGUCCAGGAUGCUGCCGAUUGUGCUCGAAGAGUUGUCGAAGAAGGUAUCCAGGUUGCCGGUCUCGAGAUCUUGGAUGAUGUACAGAUGCAAUGCAUUAAUGCUAGCAAAACGACUAGACGUGAAUGGACCGAGGCACCAACUCUAUUCUUCAAAUUCGCUGGUACUCCUUCCGGGGUGAAAGAGCAGAUUGGGAUAGUCCAGAAGCUAGCCAAGGUCACUGGCGGCAAAACAUUCGAGUUCGCCCGUGACGAUGCAGAAAUGAAGGAACUCUGGAGUGCGCGCAAGGCCGCCCUUUGGAGCCUCAUGGCCAUGAAAAAGGAUCCAAGUGACCAUGUCUGGACCACAGAUGUUGCAGUACCAAUUAGCAGGCUACCAGAUAUUGUGGAAAGAACCAAGAAGGAUCUGACUCAGAGCGGGUUGCUAGCUGGUAUUUGCGGUCAUGUGGGUGAUGGUAACUUUCAUGCAAUCAUCCUCUUCAACGAUAAACAGAAACCCCUCGCCGAAGAAGUCGUGCAUCGUAUGGUCGUAAACGCGGUCGAAAUGGAAGGCACCGUCACGGGCGAACACGGUGUCGGACUCAUCAAGAGGGACUAUCUGCCUCAUGAGCUUGGCGAGCCGACGGUGGAUGUUAUGCGCAAGUUGAAAUUUGCGCUGGAUCCCUUAUGUCUGCUCAAUUGCGAUAAGACGAUUAGGGUUGAGCCGCCUGCUGCAGGGGAGAUUAAGCCGUGGUAG